CGGUGGAAAGGAAAAACUCCCUCAGACGACCUGAGGAAGAAACCUCGAGAGGAACCAGACUCAAAAGGGAACCCAUCCUCAUUUGGGCAACAACAGACAACAUGACUAUAACAUUAACAGUCCUAACAUAAAGUCCGCUUCGUUGAUGCUAUAAACCCCCCGGCGACGGAAACCCGAGCGCAAAACCGUUCACGACAACCGUAGUCCCAAAGUCAGCAAGUCAACUGCAGUCCCCAGCCACAAAAACACCACUGCAAGAGUCCAGAGCGUCCUCCAGGCGUGACCCCCAACUGUCCACAUGGGGCCGUCCUCCACAGGAGCGAUGCGAUGAGACUCCAACCAGACACAGGGCACCAGGAUGGAUCAGGCAGGUCCGAGGAGCAGAAGAGGUCAGCAUCUCGAUCAAUGAGCGCGACGGUGGCAAGAAAAAACUCCUUCAGACGACAUGAGGAACAAACCUCGAGAGGAACCAGACUCAAAAGGGAACCCAUCCUCAUUUGGGCAACAACAGACAACAUGACUAUAACAUUAACAGUCCUAACAUAAAGUCAGCUUCAUUGAUGCUAUAAACCCCCCAGCAACGGAAACCCGAGCGCAAAACCGUUCACGACAACUGCAGUCCCAAAGUCAGCAAGUCAACUGCAGUCCUAGACUCAAAUCAAGUCAGCAAGUCAACUGCAGUCCCCAGCCACAAAAACACCACUGCAAGAGUCCAGAGCGUCCUCCAGGCGCAACCCCCAACUGUCCACAUGGGGCCGUCCUCCACAGGAGUGAUGCGAUGAGACUUCAACCAGACACAGGGCACCAGGAUGGAUCAGGCAGGUCCGAGGAGCAGAAGAGGUCAGCAUCUCGAUCAAUGAGCGCGACGGUGGCAAGAAAAAACUCCCUCAGACGGCAUGAGGAAGAAACCUCGAGAGGAACCAGACUCAAAAAGGAACCCAUCCUCAUUUGGGCAACAACAGACAACAUGACUAUAACAUUAACAGUUUUAACAUGAAGUCAGUUUCGUUGACGUUAUAAACUCUUCCAUUGAUGGAAACUUGAGUGCAAAACUGUUCAUGACAACCGCAGUCCUAAAGUUAGCAAGUCAACUGUAGUCCUCAGCCAUAAAAGCAUUACUGUAAGAGUCCAGAGCGUCCUCCAGGUGUGACUUUCAACUGUCCACAUGGGGCUGUCCUUUACAGGAGUGAUGCGAUGAGAUUCCAACCAGACACAGGGCACCAGGAUGGAUCAGGCAGGUCCGAGGAGCAGAAGAGGUCAGGCUCUCGAUCCCAGGACCGACAUGUAACUCAGAGGGACAGAUCUGGGGGGGAGAGAAAACACAGGUUGUUAGGUAUGCCCAAUGUCACCUGAAUAAGUAGGAACAGUAUACAUAUUGCACUGAGUACAAGCAGGGACUCCGGCAACUAACAAUGACAGCAUAACUAAAAGGGGAGAGCCAGAAGGUAACGCAGGCAUGAGGGAGCCCCGGGACAUAAAGCAGCCAGCCACUACACCGUCAACAAACUCGAGUGAGCAAGCAAGUGGGGGACUGACAGCAUCCAUACAUCCCAGUUUACCAAAACACUCUGUCUGAGGACCCUCCAGAUCUACACCUUUACCUCAUAAACACCAUUAACACAAGGCUUGACUAAACAGAUAUGUUUUCAGCUUAGACUUAAACGCUGGGACUGUGUCUGAUUCCCGAACAUUACUUGGAAGGCUGUUCCAUAACCAUGGGGCUUUGUAAGAAAAGGCUCUGCCCCCUGAUGUAGCCUUCACUAUAUGAGGCAGCUGCUGACUACGUGAAGGCUCACCUGCCCGAGGCUCUGAAGCAACACCUGCAGGUUUACGAGCGCGAGAAGAAGGACAGCCAACUGUCGUAUGCCUCCAUCCUGGAGCAGUGCAUCCUCGCUGUAGACCGAGACAUGGUGGAGAAGUUCUCCGCCUCACACGAGGAAGCAGGUACUACGUGUUUGGUGGCUUUGCUAUCUGAUCGAGAGUUGACAGUGGCGAACGUGGGCGACUCACGCGGUGUGUUGUGCGAUAAGGACGGUAACGCCGUGGCUUUAUCUCAUGACCACAAGCCCUAUCAACUGAAAGAGCGCAAGAGGAUCAAACGUGCAGGAGGCUUCAUCAGUUUCAACGGCUCGUGGCGAGUGCAGGGCAUCCUGGCUAUGUCACGCUCUCUGGGCGACUACCCGCUCAAGAACCUCAAUGUGGUGGUGCCUGACCCUGAUGUGCUGAACUUUGACCUCGACAAGCUACAACCCGAGUUCAUGAUCCUGGCCUCGGAUGGCCUGUGGGACGCGUUCAGCAACGAGGAGGCCGUGCGCUUUGUCCGCGAACGCCUUGAUGAGCCGCACUACGGAGCCAAGAGCAUCGUGUUACAGUCAUUCUACCGCGGCUGCCCCGAUAACAUCACUGUCAUGGUGGUCAAGUUCAAAAGUACCAAGAAUGGAGACUAAUGCUUUAUUUUUCCUGUAGUAUUUUUCUAUACGAAUAUCAACACAUGCUUCCUAAGAAAUAUAAUCAAUCCCGGUUUUCCAGUGUGCCAAAAGGACGACCUUUGAAACCUUUUCCGUAAUUUAACCCGACUGACGUUUAUCUGAAGUAGAAGUGCCAGCGACCUGGCGAUAUACCACGCAUCUAUUUUUUUAUUAAUAUAAAAAGUAUAUAAAAUUCUGCCUUAACAUAUCAUAUGGGUCUUGAUGGAUGCUGCUUGUGAUCUGCUGACCCCUGU